GUCCUUGACUACCAACAUCUCUUUGUAUUUUUUCGCGUCAAAGAACGAUAAAAUGGCCUGGCGCAACCAAGGAAUCACUGGUUCUAACAACAUCCCCCUAGGUCCUCGUCGACGUUUUGGCGAUGACGGCCAGGAAGACGACAGUCGCACCGCGACGCCCACAUCCGUCGGGGAUACCAGCUUCAAGCGAGGCAGGAGCCCUGUUCGAGCCGAACCCCCUAUGGAUGGCGUGAAGAAGCGCAAGAAGCGUAACCGUUGGGGUGAUGCCCAGGAGAACAAAGCGGCCGGUCUCAUGGGUCUUCCGACCAUGAUCAUGGCCAACUUCACCAACGAACAGUUGGAGGCUUAUACUCUGCAUCUGCGGAUUGAAGAAAUCAGCCAGAAGCUGAGGAUUAACGAUGUCGUGCCGGCAGAUGGUGAUAGAUCUCCCUCGCCUCCUCCCCAAUACGAUAACUUCGGAAGACGUGUAAACACUAGGGAAUACCGUUACCGCAAGCGUCUCGAAGAUGAGCGCCACAAACUGGUCGACAAGGCCAUGAAGUCUAUUCCUAACUACCAUCCGCCAUCUGACUACAGACGUCCUACUAAGACCCAGGAGAAGGUCUAUGUGCCUGUGAAUGAUUAUCCAGAGAUUAACUUCAUUGGCUUACUUAUAGGUCCUCGUGGUAACACGCUGAAGAAAAUGGAGACCGAAUCUCUUGCCAAGAUUGCGAUUCGUGGCAAAGGCUCCGUCAAGGAAGGAAAGGGUCGAUCUGACGCCGCUCACGCUAGCAACCAGGAAGAAGAUCUUCACUGCUUAAUUAUGGCAGACACUGAAGAAAAGGUCAAUAAGGCCAAGAAGUUGAUUCACAACGUUAUCGAGACGGCUGCCUCUAUUCCUGAGGGCCAGAACGAGCUCAAGCGGAAUCAGCUUCGAGAGCUCGCCGCUCUUAACGGUACUCUUCGCGACGAUGAGAAUCAGGCUUGCCAAAACUGUAGGUUUCCUUUAUUGACAUAUUCGAAUCGUGCUAAUGUCGUAGGUGGGCAAAUCGGUCAUCGUAAAUAUGACUGCCCUGAGCAGCGUAACUUCACCGCCAACAUUAUCUGUCGUGUCUGUGGUAACGCUGGUCACAUGGCCCGUGACUGUCCUGACCGCCAGAGAGGCAGCGACUGGCGCAACAACGGCAUCAGCCGCAGUGGCCCUAGAGCUAUUGGCGCUGGUGAUGCCGUCGACCGGGAGAUGGAACAACUCAUGCACGAACUCUCUGGUGGCGCCCCUGGUGAAGAGGCACCUCGCCGUAUUGAAGCCGGCCCUGGCGAAGGCUAUGAUGACCGUGACAUGAAGCCCUGGCAACAGCGUGGUCCUCCAAGCGAUGUUGCACCUUGGCAACAGAGAGGCCGUGACAACCGUUCGCGCGACGACUACGGGUCUCGGGACUACGGCAGCCAAGGCCAAGCCCCAUGGGCCGGACAGAGCCGUGGAGGCGACUAUGGCUACGGUGCUCCUGGUGGUGCUCCUGGUGGUGGGUACGGUGCUCCUGGAGUUGCUCCUUGGCAACAGCAAGCCCCGCCUCCACCGCCUCCUACAGGCCCGUCUGGGUACGGAUAUGGCGGAUACCCGGGUUUCGCUCCUGGAAUGGCUGCUCCUGGUGCUCCGGGAAUGGGUGUUCCUCCUCCUCCACCUGGUAUGCCUUCUAUGUACGGCACUCCGCCGCCGCCCCCUCCACCCGCGGACGGUCCUCCGCCUCCGCCUCCUUCCGAUCAGCCCCCGCCGCCUCCCCCGCCUGCGUAAACGCACUGUUUCGCUGGUUUGCUUUGUUGUGUUGAAAUGGACUGGAAUCGAGGUUAAUGGACGUUCGUCGGAAAAUAUGAUAUAUGGAAUUGCUGUCGUUACCGUAUGCUGUAAUCAAUCGCUUUUGAAUACUAUGUUAUCGGUUAAGUAUUUUGACUAGUAAAGAUCCAAUUUGUACGGGGUAGAGUUGUAGCAUUAUGUUCGGAUAAUUU